GGCGUGGCUGCGGAGAGGUGUGGAACGAUGGCGGCGUCCGAACCCUGGCCCGAGCUGGAGCUGGCGGAGCGGGAGAGGCGGCGGGAGCUGAUGCUGACCGGGCCCGGGCUGGAGGAGCGGGUGCGGGCGGCGGGCGGGCGGCUGCCCCCGCGGCUCUUCACCCUCCCGCUCCUGCACUACCUGGAAGUGAGCGGCUGCGGGAGCCUGCGCGAGCCGGGGCCGGGCCUGGCUCAGGGCCUCCCGCAGCUGCACAGCCUCGUGCUCCGGCGCAACGCACUGGGGCCCAGCCUCAGCCCCGAGCUCGGGCCGCUGCCCGCCCUGCGGGUGCUCGACCUGUCAGGCAACGCCCUGGAGGCGCUGCCGCCGGGCCAGGGCCUGGGCCCCGCGGAGCCGCCGGGCCUCCCGCAGCUGCAGAGCCUCAACCUCAGCGGGAACCGGCUGCGUGAGCUGCCCGCCGACCUGGCGCGCUGUGCCCCGCGCCUGCAGACGCUCAACCUCACCGGCAAUUGCCUGGACUCCUUCCCCGCCGCGCUUUUCCGCCCCGGGGCGCUGCCCCUGCUCAGCGAACUGGCGGCUGCUGACAACUGCCUCCGAGAGCUCAGCCCCGACAUCGCCCACCUGAUCUCGCUCAAGACGCUGGACCUUGCCAACAACCAGCUGAGUGAGAUCCCGGCCGAGCUCGCCGACUGCCCGAAGCUCAAGGAGAUUAACUUCAGAGGGAACAAGCUGAAGGACAAGCGCCUGGAGAAGAUGGUCCACGGCUGCCAGACAAAGUCCAUCUUGGAGUAUCUGCGCGUCGGGGGCCGGGGCCGCGGGAAAGGCAAAGGCAAGCCCGAGGGCGCGGAGAAGGAGGAGGGCCGGAGGAGGAAGCGGGAGCGGAAGCAGAGGAAGGAGAGCGGAGACGGGGAGGGCCCGGAGGCGGAGGACGCCCGCCGGCUGCUCCUCCGGGUCCUGCACGUCUCUGAGAGCCCCGCGCCCAUGACGGUCAGCGUGAGCCCCGAGGUCAAGGAUGUGCGGCCCUACAUCGUGGGGGCCGUCGUGAGGGGCAUGGACCUGCAGGCCGGAAAUGCACUCAAGCGGUUCCUCACCUCACAGACCAAGCUCCACGAGGACAUGUGUGAGAAGAGGACGGCAGCCACGAUCGCGACCCACGACCUUGGCGCCAUCAAGGGACCCCUGCUGUACGGGGCGCGGCCACCUCAGGACCUCAAGAUCGUCCCCUUGGGGCGGAGGGAGGCCAAGGCCGAGGACCUGGUGCGGCAGCUGCAGCUGGAGGCUGAGGAACAGAGGAAGCAGAAGAGGAGGCAGAACGUCUCGGGUCUGCACAGAUACCUUCACUUACUGGAUGGAAAGGAAAACUACCCUUGUCUAGUGGACGCUGAUGGUGAUGUGAUUUCUUUCCCACCGAUCAUCAACAGUGAGAAGACCAAGAUUAAGAAAACGACUUCAGAUUUGUUCUUGGAGGUGACGAGUGCCGCCAGUCUGCAGAUCUGCAAAGACGUCAUGGACGCGCUCAUUCUGAAAAUGGCAGAAAUCAACAAGUACACUUUAGAAAAUAAAGAGGGGGAGUCCCUGUCGGACUCGGAGGCAGACGCGGUCCCCGGCCAGGACGGAGGUGCCCCGCUGGUCGUGGAGCAGGUGCGUGUCGUGGACCUGGAGGGCAGCCUGAGGGUGGUGUACCCAUCCAAGACGGACCUGGGUGUCGCCGCCCCCCACGUCACCGUGGUCCGCUGACGGGCCCUGGUCAGACUCGGUCGGUUUUGCCUAUUUUACAGAGGCUUUUGUGUGGUGAUGUUAAAUUAUUCAUUACACUUACCUCAGCAUUUUUUUAAGGUAGUGUGUUCUGUUUGGUUUUUCUAGACGGUGCUGUGGGGAAGCAGCACUGUGUGUCUUCCUCCUGAGUGGGUUUGCCUUGACAACACUAAACUGAUCUUACUAAUGUUUUUCAUGAAAGUAUUUGAGGAUCAGAAUUAACUGUUCCUAAGGGCUCUGCAUUCAGAUAACCACUCGCAGGGAUGAAGAUGACUGACUGGUUUGGAUGUUCAGUUCCAAGUCGGGAAGCUCUGCCGCAUGCAUUCUACUGACCUGCACAAUUAUUUUUCUAUGAUAGAGCAUCUAGUUAAAUCUUAUGCCGGUAGGCAGCUUAGGAAUGUUGAAUUAUACUAAGUUUUCCAACUUGCAGUAAAUCGUAAUCUUUUUACCAAAUCAAACUCAAGAAAAAUAUCCUCAAAUUGGCAAAAUCAGUUUUCUGCAUAUUGCUGUCCACGGGCUCCAGGAGGGCUGGGGUGGGGGUGAACGGGCCCUUUGUCUGGAGGCAGUGGCGCGUGGCUAGACUCGGGUGUUGCCUUCCUGCUGCCGGGCCAGGCGGGCAAGCCUAUCCUUGGGGUUUGAGCGCUGGUAAAGGAGCGCUGGAGGCUGGAGUGGUGAGCAGGUGCCGGGACCUGCCUCUGGCCAGGGUGCAGGCUUUCCCCUGUGAAAUGGGCCACCAGUGAAUUAUUUGUCGAUGAUCAGCAGUCACCAGCUGGACACUGACUGGAGAGAGCAGACGGGUCCCCACGUAUGCGAGCAGGGAGUGGUCCCCAGCAUCCUUUGUUUUUGGUAUUUCUGUUCCGUCAUGGGUCACAGGACAUCUGUCUGCUUGUACAUCCAGGGGUGUCCAGGAACCAGUGUGUUCCCAGAUCCUGGAGACACGCCAGCCCCCUGGGAGGUGGUGCUGACUGCUGGCCUGGUGCUUAAAAAGUGGCUUAUUUUUUCUUAGUGACACCACUUGCUUUUCAUCUUGCAGCCUCUGACCUCAGAGGAUCCUUUUGUACUUUCUAGAAACGGCAGACCACUGUUGGGGAGUGUCGGCCAGAGCCCCACUGAACAGCGUAUUUGGGCAUCAGAAACAGCCACAUGGAAAGGCCGAGAUCGGGGCGGGGGGAGGUUAGCGAAGCCAAGUGGCUUCUCUGCAUUCAGCUGGGAGGUGGGGCUGGGGGCAGAGGCUCCCCACGGGGCACGGUAAGCCUCUUGCUCUUCCGUGUGGCUGAGCUGUGCUGGAGCUGACAUGCCAGGUGACAGCUGUCCCACUGGAGCCCACCUGUCUAUCUCUGGGACACCAUGGUGGUGCGAGCGCUGCAUGUCCUCACGGGAACCCUGCUGGGGGCCAGAGGCCACUUCCCUGGGCUGGGGGUGAGGCAGGCCACCUGAGGGGCAGGGAGGGGCGGGCUGCCACUCAGCUCCCUGGGACUAAGGGCUCCUCGGCCACGCUGUCACCGACCCUGUGCGCUCAGUGGCAAUGGCUAGGUCUGCCUCUUCUGAAAAGCCACCAGCUCUCGCUACCCAUCCGAUAAAGCUUGAUUCAGCAUGAGAUUUGGGGGUGUUUUCACUAAAAGCAAAAAACAUAUCUGACAUUCGUUUUAUUUGCCAGUCCAAUCUUCAAAGUCCUUUAAUAAACUUAACGAAAGCCACUUCA